AUGGAGGAGAGAGCUGGGCAACUACUAUGCGGUGGGUUCCAAGGAACCAAGGUCACCUCGCAAGCCUAUAAAUUGAUUGUUGAACACAAGAUCUCGUCAAUGAUCUUGUCCCGCAAGAAUGCAGUCAAUGUGGAGCAAAUGUCAAAGUUAAUCAAAGACCUACAAUACAUUGCAUACACUCAGGGAGAUUACAAAUACCCAAUCAUGUUUGCUAUUGACCAAGAGGGUGGGAUUAUGAACUCCCUCUUUGAUCCUGAGUUUAUAACGCAAUACCCCAGUGCGAUGGCAUUAGCUGCAACAGGUGACCCCAAAUUGGUGUAUGAAAUAUCCAAAGCCAUAGCCAUAGAGUUGAAGGCGAUUGGUUUCAGUAUAAUAUUGGGGCCCGUGUUGGAUGUGGUGACUAAGUUGUCGCACCAGCUAGUUGGGGUUAGAAGUUUUGGCACUACGAUUGAUGACGUACAAAAGUACGGUCUGAUGUGUGCAAAAGGGUUGCGAGAUGGUGGCUUGUUUACCGUGGGCAAACACUUCCCUGGUAUUGGUAAUGCAACUGUUGAUUCGUUAUUGGAAUUGCCCAUGAUGGGCGACACGCUCAGUCAAAUUCGACAGUGCAAUGUUGCACCUUUUGCACACUUGAUCGAGGCAGGUUUAUUAAAUGGAAUAAGUGUAGCUGGUUGUGGCGUGCCCAAUAUCAGUCCUGAUGAGACCCACGCGUGUCUAUCGCCAGUUAUCAUCAACCAGCUUUUGAGAGAGGAGAUAGGUUUCAAGGGAGUUGUCAUCAGUGAGUGCUUAGAAAUGGAAGCAUUGUACCACUCUAUUGGUUUGGGCCAAGGAGUGAUCCUCGCAAUCAAUGCAGGCUGCGACUUGGUUAUGGUUUGUCAUGACUUGAAGUUGCAAAAUGAGGCAAUUGACUCGCUCAAAAAGGGUAUCUUGAAUGGAAAUUUGGACGAUGAUACAAUUCUUCAAAGUCUUGAAAGAGUGGAAAAUUUGCAAAGGCAGUUGCCAACCUGGAAAGAAAUAUUUCCUGAGGGAAUGGUGUCGGCUCAGCAAAGCCCGGUUUUGUUCCGGAACGAGUAUCCAGAAUUAUGGAAUCGACACCAAGAUUUGGCAGCGUUGGCGUAUCGAAAAUCAAUUACUUUGGUACGAGAUUACAGUGGCUUACUUCCGCUAUCAAAACACUACGAGAAACUGUCCGAAGUAGAGUCUAUAUUGGUAUUGAGCCCGUUGUUGAGCCCUGUUUCACCAAAACCAUCAAAGCCCGAGCACCUCUUUACCGGUGAAGAAGUUUUCCAAAGCUUUGGCAAAUUCUUAUCCAAGCAUCCAGUAAAUGCUAAUAAAAAGUAUGUUGUAUUACAUACCACCUAUACUGCAAACGGGUUGACACCACUCCAUGAGUCCUUAAUUGAGAAAGCCAGUAUUGUUGUUGCCUUUACGAGUGAAGCUUCUAGAAAUAUGUAUCAGCUUGGAAUUGUGAAGUACAUUUCGGUGCUUUGUGGAGCGAAUCCAACUUCAUUUGGAGCCAAACGGUCGAAAUCAACUAAUUCGUUGCAAAAACCAUUGAUUGUGGUUGCCACGCUGUCUCCAUAUGACUUUUUUUAUGAUAAGCUAAUGGGGAGUGCAUACAUCUGUUGUUACGACUACACAAAAAAAGCUUUGGAGAACGUUGCAGCUCUACUUAUGGGGGACUUUGAACCGCAAGGUUGUAUUCCCGGAGAGCAGGAGCAUCCUAAGAAAAGGCGGCAUAGCCACGGUGAAGACAAUACAAGACAAAUCAAAAGAAAAUGGUUGGUUGAUGAGUUUGAUACAGCAAGAGAUUUGCCAGGUUUGAUUAAAUUGUGGAAGGACAGUCAUGGAGAAGCAGAUAGUGUCAACUUGCAGAAUAAGCAAUAUUGCAAACGCCUAGGAGGUCUUUUAGCCACGUCGAAUCAAAAGCAUUUUGUCGUGCGAAACUCAUCGUUGAAUAUCCUCUACGGUGCGGUUUUGACAUGGUGUGAAGGAUCUGUGGGGCAUGUGCUUAAUAUUGUUGUUGAAAAGUCCAAGCGUUUGCAUAGCAUUGGAAAAAACUUGAAUGCAAGAGCCGAAAGGUAUCUAACUAGAGAGAAAAACUGUUCUGAAAUUAGACUAGGUUCGUCUUUUCCCCUUAUUAUGUUUCCUGAGAACGUUAAUAGUGGCAGCAUUACAUUUUUGAAACGACUUGGAUGGGAAGAUGACAAGUCUCAAAAGAAAUGGAUUUUGGUGUUGAAUGAGUUAAGUCAGUGGCUGGUUCCAGAGCGUAUUUUAAAAGAGUUGAUGAUUGUGGGUGUAAGAUUUGACGUGUGCACUGAGCAAAGACAAUUGGAAAAGUUGAUCCAAAGCGGGAGCCUAACACCCGAGUACAAGGCAUAUUAUAAAGAAGCAAUGAAGAAUAUAGCCUCACGACAGACCCACGAAGUCAAGAUUAUAAUCGCUUUGGAACCAAGUUCACAAAAUGUGAUCGGAAGCAUUAUAUUGUUUACCAACAAAUCGGAGUUUUCCAAGUUUUUCCCCUUUAUCGAUCAGUGCAUUGCUGACGAUGAUGAGGGGCAAAAUCGCGGAGUUGUGCCCAUGAUAGGAGGAAUUAUUGCGCCCGUGAUUGAUGAACUGUACGCUAACUUGGUAGACAUAUUCAAAUACGGUUUGAUAUGUAGUGCAAUAACCAAGCUUAAGAACUCAGCAAUCAACGAAGACUUGCUAAAUCAAUGCAUAAUGUGUGAUAUUGUUGAUGAUGAGAAGACGAUAACGAGUAUACGCAACAUUGGAUUUGAAAAAUGGAGACAUUAUUACGAUUAUUAUGAUAAGAAAAUGUGUCAAUGGAAGAAUGGUUGA